AUGCCUUCCCAAAAGUCCUUUAAGACCAAGCAAAAGUUAGCUAAGGCUCAAAACAAGAACAGACCAUUACCACAAUGGAUCAGAUUGAGAACUGGUAACACUAUCAGAUACAACGCCAAGAGAAGACACUGGAGAAGAACUAAGUUAGGUAUCUAA